UCAAAUGGGUACACUGAAAAUACGCCACCCUUUUUUUCCAAGUGCCCAAACACUUGAAUGAUUCAAUUAAUCCGCAUCUUAGAUCUAAUUUGUUUGUGUUUAAAUUUCAAUCCAAUCCAUUAUUAAAUUCAAGUGUUUUGGCGAUUGACUUUUUGGUAUUUUUUGACACCUUAUUUUCAUUUGGGUGGCUCAAAAUUUUCAAGUGUUUUGCUCAUGAAUUUUCCCCACUGUGCUGAACUAUUCAAAGUAAUGAGCAAAACACUUGAAAUUAAUCUUGUUUUGAUUUGAAAUCCAGUUUCGCGACAGCUUCGUCGGAAUUUGCUUCGUUUCCUCAUUUGAAAGUUUUGGAGGUCCGGUGUGUUCGUUUUUCGCAGACCGCUUGAGUUCGCUGCCGCCAUGUUCCAGUCCAGAAAAUUGCCUGCCCGGUUUGUGACCGCGAAGAUGAGCAUCACUAUAAGGCUGUGUCCUCGGGCUCGGGCUCCGUAUAGCCAGCGGAAGGGCUUGGUCUCCCGGCCAGUAGCCAACUUUGAUGAUAAAGUUCCUUUCCGGACCCAUUUGGAAGGAUGCGAAAGAGCUGCAGAUGCCGUACCAGGUAGGCGGUGCCAGUGAUAAACAAGAUUUGGAUGCAUUCAACUCAGGGGCCAUGAUAUGCGUCAUUCGACUGGUCAAGGCACAGUUUGAUUCGAACCACCGCGGUUCUGCAUCAACAAGAAGAUUCCCCAUGGGGCCUCCAUCUCCGCCGGUACCGGUGCUUCACUCGCCGACGCUGAGAAACCUCCCAGGAAGCAGUGGUGGCAAACAAACCGAUCCCGACCAGGAAGGAAAAAAAUAACAAAAUUUUUACACGCCAGGUUGAUAGAAAAUAAAAAACAUUUCAUUUCGCAACAUCUUCCUUACAUAAAAACAAAUCGAAAUCCAUUUCUAUUACAUGCAAACAUGCAUUGAUUAAAGAAAGAAAAGCCAUUUUAAACCAAUAAAUAUAAUAUAGUAUUUCAUGUGACACAACACGUCAAAUUCAAGUGUUUUGCUAUUGAAUUGACAGCUAAUUUUGUUGCCCAAAAUUCAAGUGUUUUGCGAUUGGUUUUUAAGUGCACUGUAUAGCAGGGUCAGAUCAAGGGUAGAACACUUGAUUUAAAAGGGUCAUUUUUGUUCAGUGUUGGAUCCAAAAUAAAACGUAACAAACAUCAGAAACAGAACUAAAGCUGAUUAAUAUUUAACCAAUCGUUUUAAAGAACUUUUGAGAGCCGGCAAGGUUGGUUUCAGUUUCAGUGUUGCAAGCUCAAAACAUAAAUACGUUGCCAGUGCCGAUUUAUUUUGCAUCAACUAACCUGUAAAACUGUAG